ACUAAUACAGUGCGAAUGACAGUUUCGUUCGAAUUUGAGUUGUUUAAGCAGCGUAAACAGUAGAAAGACGCGCCAAGUGCUAUUUUAAUUUUUGCAACGAUUUGUUUGUCAAUUAAAAAUGACACAAAAAACUGAAUCAUUAAAUUUAAUGGAGAAUCUUAGUCCAACGUUUUGGAAAAAAGGACGAUUACAGACUUUCAAGCAUUGGCCUUUUAAAUCAGACGAGCAUUGUAAUCCUGAAAGCAUGGCAGCUGCUGGGUUUUAUGCUGUCGGUGGUGAAGAUGAGCCUGAUCUUGCCGAAUGCUUCAUGUGCAGUAAGCAGCUUGAUGGAUGGGAGCCAGAAGAUGAUCCAUGGCAAGAACACAAGAAACAUCAACCAAACUGUCCAUUUGUGGAGAUUAACAAAACUGACGAGAGUCAAUUGACUGUCAAAGAAUUAUUCCAUUUAAUGGAAAAGCAUUACAAAAGGAAGAUGACUGGCGAUUUUGAAAAGUGCAUUGAAGAAAUGAAAAAAGAAUGGAAAGCAAAUGCUGAUACUAUUCCUGGAAUAUAUGAGUCAGCAAAGAAAAGUAAGAAGAGUCUAGAUUGAUUAUAAGCAAGGUUAGAGCUUAGUUUUUAAGAUAGCUAUCAUAUAUUAAAUUGUACAGAUAACAAACAUUUUUUCUAUUUUUAUAAAAUUCUUUAUAUAUUCAUAGAUGAUAAAUCUUAAUGUAGCUAUACUAGAAUUUAUUUUAUUCCAUCUUGCAAUGUCAAGAAUAAAUAAUAUAUGAGCGUCAUUUUAAGAAAUGUUUAUAAUUUUUUUUUUUUGCAUUUUAGAUUUAUAUUUACCGAAUUAUAUUAAUAAAAUUAUGGACGAUACUUUUCACGCACAAACAAAUUAUUGAAAUAUAUUUAUUUAUCGUCAUAGUGCUCUUAUAAUCUUCAAAAAAUUUCUUAAAGUAGUACAUAUAUGAAAAAUAAUGACCAACAGACAUAUCCUCCAAGAGUAAAUCGAUUCUUAUUUUUAUUUCUCCUAGCCACCAUACUCCCUUAAAUUAAAAAAAAUCAGUAAUUGAAUUAAUUGCGAAUUAACUGAGUUCGUCAUAAAUGACGCUUUCUUUUCCUUCACUAAAACAAAUUAAAAUAUCAUUAUUUAUGUACAUUGAAAUUUUACAAUCAAACAAUUGUAUCAACAAAGAAAGUUUCAGUGUUGAGUAGAUAAAAAAUGAGCACGUAAUAUAAGGAAAUACGAAGUGGCACACCAGUAGCCAUCUUUUACCGUUAAACAAAUUAAAGGAAAUUAUUGACUUUAUUAGCCACAAAGAAUAGAAAAAUGAAAUCACAGGCAUGGAAAAUUUAUGUACAAUCAAUAUUUGUGACAAAACUUGCGAUAAGUGGCUCAGCAAUCGAAAUCAAAUAUUCGUAAUGCGAAUUGCAUGCGACAAAUGUUUGCAAAAAUUCUGUUCGAUUUGUUGAUAUUUCAUUACAAAUUUUGUUUUUAAUGAAGAACUUUAUUUUAUGUUCAUACAUAUAUUGCAUUGAAAAUUUUAAAUACAUACUUUAUAUGCAGUAAAUAAUACAUCUAAAAAUCUAUAUGAAGGAACACAAAUAUUUCCCCAUUUGUGACUUAAUUUGUAUGCUUUAAACUACCACUUUCUCUAAUUAAUUUAGCUUUGAAAUUGGUACAGCUAAAUUUACUUAAACAUUUUUUUUCAAAUGUAUUUAGCAACGUACUUUAUAAUCAAUAAAGUCA